GGCGCCUGCACUGCUUUCGGGCAUUCGCGGUCUGUUGGCAGGAAUUUAUGGGCCGCGGCAGCAAACAGACGGCUUGCGACGUGCCCCCGCAACAAGACUGGCGCGUCAAGGUACUGGGUACGCGAGCCUUGCCACGCCGCGGCCCAUCACUGGGGACUAUACGCAGUAUACCCAUCUCUGGAACCCGAACUUUCGCCCGAUGGAAAAACUCUGUCGACAUCCAUCAAAGAAGGUCCUUUUGCGACUUGUCUUUCCCCAAAGAGAACUGAAUAUCGUCUCGACCUUUUGUGUCCGCUUGACGUCGCUCUAGCCCAAGCAUGGCUGGGCGUUGCUUCGCCAUGGAUGCAGAGAAAGGGCGCUUGCAGCAAUAUUACAGAUGCAAAUUUUAUUGCAAUCUUACAACAAGGUAUCGGGUACCAGGUCUAUCGAGAGACUGGGGGCGAUGGUCCGUGCACGCACAAGUACCUCUGGAUCCAUUCCCAAGUCGAGGUACUUUGUCUACGUCUUCGGCUUUGCCCUCGCGACUCAUGCAUGUGUGAGCCCCAUUGCCCCAAACCUCAGGCCAAGGUUUUUCCUUUUUUUUUUUCUUUCACACCCCAAACUCGUGCUUGCAGCUGCUCCUUGCUGGCGCUGCUUGCCAGGUGCUUGCUUUUCUAUACGGUUUUAAGGCCGCAUCUCGGCCUUGCGGGCCCUACCAAAGCUCCAUCUGCGCUGCGACUCAUGCAACUUCAAACAUCAAACUCGUACUUUGUAAGUCCGACAGCCUCGUUGGAAAAUGGAGGUGGCUCACCCUCAUCCUCGAACUUGACACAACCACUCCCUGAGACUGUCACCGUAUGUAUCCUAUUUCUGCCUCCAUCGCGACGCCCAAGGUUUGGCUGCCCAUCGCACUGCCAGUUCUCCUCGCUUUGGGCAGCGUGCAGAACCCAGCAACUGACCUAG